GGACCUUGUGCUCACAACACUACGAAUGAGAGUGGUUUCCAUACAGUUCCCAAUCCAGAGCGGAAUUCUUGUGCUAAGUAUAGCCUAUAUUACCGUGUAGUAAAACUGCUGGCUAAGUCAUGUGACAUAAUAUGUAAAGCGAAGUAGCCUAUAGCCUAGCCAACUUGCCUUAUACUAAAAAAGAAAAAAUAUGACAUUUCCGUUGAGUUUUGUGGCGCUAUUAAUGGGGUACAUGAAAAGAAAAACAAAUCUUUGAAAAGUAGGUAACUCCUAUCUUUUAAAGCAAAGGUUAGGCUAUCCCGAGAACAUAGUUGCUAUCAGUGUCUUCAAAUAAUUCUAAUGUUUUUCAAACUCGGUUCAGCGUCGUUGAUUUAUCUUGAAACAACAGGUGAAUAGAACGUGUCGCCGAUAUAUCUGCGCUUCACGGGAACUCAAGCCUCGUGAUGGAACGUUUCAUUUGGGAUGUGAUAUUCUUGUUUACUGGCUCUCUAUUUACCUAUGGACAGGUGCAGGAGAAGCCCACUACAACAGGAGUAAAACAUCCCUUGGCAGUAGCAGUUCGCUCCCACUUUGAUGACUGUCCAGACUCUCACAGCCAGUUUUGUAUCCACGGCACCUGCCGCUUCCUGAUUCAAGAGGAGACACCUGCCUGUAUGUGUCACCCUGGCUUUGUGGGAAUACGAUGUGAACAUGCAGACCUGCUGGCAGUGGUGGCCACUAAUCAAAACCAGCAAAUCACAACCACUCUGCUGGUGAUGUGCAUUAUAGGCUGCUUUCUGCUGAUUCUGAUCUGCACCCUUUUGCAUUGUUGUCUAAGGCGGAGAACCUGUGGGUGCUGCCGAACGCUCCCUUUUGACCCAGAGAAGCCCAGCAGUUUACUGAACAGAGGGGCCUUCUGUUGUCACUCUAAAACUGUGGUUUGAGAGAUGGACCUUUCUUUCUCUUUUGGGUAAUUUGCUCUGCCUUCGAAAUAUACAAGUUCUGGUUCCCCCACCCCCUUUCACACAUCUUCAGUAAUACAGGCAACAGAAUGGAGAUCUUGUUUGGAUUCCUGUAACAGUCCCAUUUAUGAAUCUCUGGUCAUGUCAGUCAAGAGAAUGAUGAACACAGACAAGUAAGUGUAGAACGUGACCGAAGUACUGGUAGGUGAUGCAGAAUGAUCAUUUACAAAACUAUAUUCAAAUGUUUAAUGAACAUUGCCUUUGAGAGUACUCAAACAAUAUAAAGACUGUCCUUUCAUGGGAAAGACUGGGUUCACAGUAAGAGCAAGAGCACAAAGAAGAAAAACAGGAUUACAAUAACUGGAAAAAAUACCUCAUAAAAACAGGAAGAGACACAAGGCAUCCCAUCUGCUUUCAUAAACAAAAAAACUUAUGUUUCUUCUCUAUUUAAAUAAGGGAAAACAAAGGAAAUAACCAAGAGAUUUGGUGACCUUGAAGCAAAAUGGAUACAGUUUGGAAAAUCUGGAAUGCUCCACUGGACAGAUGCUACCUGUACUCUCCAUUGUAGAAACUUGGUCUAUAGAAAGGGCUCUGAGAUGUUAAAACCCUAAACUCCCUAAAAUUUUACCAACAUACCUUAUACGCUGCCCUACAUUUUUUAUUAAUAGCACACAUGGGAACAAUAGAAAGGUGCAUUUUAUUUAUUUUAUUUAGUUGGAAUAUUUGGGUUCAAUCCUCACAAGAAUCAACACAAAGGAAUAACAAUUUUAAGUGUUCAUGUUUAAGUAGGGCAUAGGAACAAUUUGGACUGUGUUGAGAAUGGGAGAUAAUAUAGGUAUUUCAAGCCGUACCAAUAAAAUGGAUUACUUAGGCUUUUAUAAUGUUGGAACACCAAAGGACUGAACUAAAUA